AUGAUGCUACAAGAGCCAGGUGCUCGCGUAAGUACGUCUGCGGGAAUCGGAAUAAUUAGAUUCUCUGGUAAUACAGAAUUUGCGCCUGGAGUUUGGGUUGGCGUCGAGUUAGACACUCAAACGGGUAAGAACGAUGGUAGCGUGGCUGGAAAGUACUAUUUUCAAUGUAAACCUGGAUUUGGGCUUUUCGUGAGACCCGCACAGCUUAAAGACGCGCCAAUAAAACGCUCUGUACCAUCAUCAACACCUUCAAGUAGGCAGUCAAGCUCAACCACUCGUCCCAGCCUUAGUAGCAGACCUUCAUCUAACGCUUCUUCUAUAGCUUCAACGCCUGUUACCACUAGAACGCCUUCAAUUAAGCCACCUAGAUCAGCACCACGGCGAUCUUCAAUAAUUCAAACUCCCAGACCAACCUCCAACGGCAAUGUCUCUACCAAUUCACGUAGAUCGUCAAUCGUUAAUCAGCGUAUUGGUUCACAACGUACUCCUUCUGUAUCCACCAAGCCACAACUCGCUGAACGUCCACAACGCGCAGAAUCUUCACGAUCACAAUCGCAAUCUUCAUUCGACUUUGAAGAGGAGGAAUCCCCUUCACAUUCGAGUGUCCCCUUACCUCAGGAUUUGUCCGAAGAAAGUGAAUCACUCGACUCCAAACCAGCAUCACGAUUACCGCUUACUAGAUCACCUUCCACACCCGUUUCAGUUCCACUGAAUCAUACAAUUCAUCUUAACCAAAAUAAUCCUGUGUCUCCCUCACCUACUACUCGCACGCUCGAGAAGACAGUAUCUAAGAGGGAUUAUGAGGAGUGUAAAGCCAAACUCAGAGUGACUGAGCAAUACAGGGAAAAAGAGCUUAUUAAGCUUAGAGAAUUAGAGUCACAGAUGGACCAGGUCGAGCAAUUCAACAUGAUGAAGCCAAAGCUACAGGCAAAGAUAGCUGAAAUGCAAACUGAAAUUAAAGAUCUUAGAGUCAAUGGUAAGGAUUUACAGUCACAGAAUGAAAAGCUCGAACAACAGCAUCAAGAGGUCAGUGACUUGUUAGAAAUUGCGACUCUCGAUAAGGAGCUUGCCGAGGAAAAGACGGAGCAUGCCGUGACUGAGCUUGAGAAUGUACAAGAGAGGGAAGUAGAUUUGGAAACUGAAGUGGAAAAUCUCAAGUUUAAGCUUGAAGAAGAACAGGAAAAUCAAUUCCCUGCUUCCAAAACGCAGAACGGAGAAAUUUCACCAUUAGUAAAUAAGCAACUCGAGAAACAAAACGAUAGAUUGAAGAUGGCUUUGAUACGGCUAAGAGACGUUACAAACGAAAAUGAAACCCUUCAAAAGCAGAAAAUAAACGAGUUGCAGUUUGAAAUUAGAGACUUGAAAGAAAUGCAAGGUACGCGUCACACUGUCUUAACUUAUGAAGCUUAUAUUUGCUCAGAUAAUUAUCAAGAUAUACGAAGCAAGUUGCAGGAUUCUGAACUUUAUAUCGAUGAUUUGAAACAACAGCUAGAUGAUAGCUUGGCAUCAGCAGACGUGGUUGAGCAUUUGACCGAUAGCAACCUUUCUUUGAAUGAACAAGUCGAGUCGAUGAGAACCACAAUCGAAGAACUUGAGGCAUUGAAAGAACUAAGUGAUGAAUUGGAAGAGAGUCACAACGACACUGAAAAGCAAAUGCAAGAGCUUUUGGACUACAAAGACUUACAAUUACUUGCCAGCUUGAAACGUAUCAGUGGACUACUUGAAACCACAGCAGAUUACGAAAACACUAUAUUGCAAUUCCGCGAACACAUGCAGCUACUUCAAAGUGACCUGGACGAAAUGCGUCAAACACAACUUCAACAAGCCACAGAGUCGGAAGCAUUGACGUCUCAAUCUCAAGCGAUGCUGUCUCUCAAUCAGAAAUUACAGACAACAGCGCACAAAUCCCAAGCCAAAGCUAUAGAUCUUGAUCUAAAGAAAUUAGACGCAGCGCAAGCAAGUGAACACUUGAAAAUCGUACAAAACUACCUCCCGACAACCUUCUUUGAAUCUGGUGAUGCGGAUUCAGCCAACUGCUUAUUAUUUUUCCAGAGAUGCGCAUUCAAAAGCGAUAUCAUCAAUCAAGUCAUUGCUCAAAUGCACGGCUUACCUAAUAGUCUAUACGACUCUGUCCCAGAGAUUCUAGUUGGAGUCUGUGAACUGAGGUCUAAGCUGACGCACUUUGCUGCUAUUAAUAGAAGAUUUGCGGCAAUGGUUAGGAGAUGUUCUGUCGAUAUGUACUUGCGCAUGGGGAAGAUUGCAAAUGAAAUCAAGGGAUCUGAGAAAAAGAUUGAUCAUUGGAUAGAGUUACUGCGUCGAGAAGAGUUCAGGGAGUUUGAGUGUACGAAGGAUAUUAUUAUGCUGCUCGGUCAAUUCGAGCACCUGGUCGAGCUCUACUUAGGCGAAACAAAGCUUGACCUUGACGAGAAGGAGCUAGACUUUGUACUAGCUAUUGACUGCGACUUGGACAGUACUGCUGCUGCCAUAGGUUUGUCUAAGCAGAUGAUGAUUGGUAUCAACAACGAUCAAAGUGUCGAUAAGGAAAUCGGCCAUUACGAAUUUGGUAGAGAUUUCUUCGAACCUGUGCAAAACGUGCUUAACACUAUCAAGUCGAUAAAAUACACCUCAAGAAAAUUCGCCUCUCGAGUAGAAAACUGUAUCAGAGAAUCAUCAGCAAUAGAGCCAAAGGUCAGUAAUCAACUGUCAGUCUUAUCAGAUCAAACAGUCAAGUUGAACAACUUUGCUGUGUCGUUUGCUCAAGAUUUAAGUAUUUACAUGAACAACGCCAAAGAAACAAAUGAGCCAUUCGAGUUUUCUAAAAUGUUGGCCUUUGUGAAUGAUGCAUCACAAGCACUUGGUCGAAAAGAAUCUCACUGUGGAGGUGGAUGGACUAAAGUGAAUGACUUUGUCGACGCAUUUGCUGAGACCAUCAAUGAUGUGCUACAGGCAUCACUCGAACCUGAUUCAGUUGUUAAGCUCAUCAGCGAAGAACCAUGGCUCGUUAGGAUUGAAGAGUUCAAGUCGAUCACCGCGCACAACGUUGAGGCUGAGCGGGCCGUCAACAAACUCGCCAAUGAUGUUAAGGAACUGGUCAGAGAGAUUAGGAAUAAAGAUCAAACAUUACAAGAAUCCUCUGUAAAGAUUGAAGUUAUGUCCAAGAAGCUUGACACUGUCAAAAAGCAAACUGAAGUUCUCGAAAGUAUGGAAGAUGAAGUUUCGCGUCUUAAAAAGCAAGAAAAGACCUUGAGUGACGCUCUUGACGUUUUGCAGACGGAUCUCAACAACGUUGAACAGGAGAACGAUAAAUUGAAACAGUCAGCUGCAAAGACAGAUCAAGCACCCGGUCACAAUGCACAAAUAAGUAGCGCUGCACUAGACGGACUUGGUGGAAAUGAAGGUAGCUUAGAAAAGUCAGGAUUGAUCGAGAGAAUUGAUAGUCUUAUGUCUGUUGUCAAGUAUCUCAGAUCAGAGAAUGCUUAUCUGAAAUCGAAAGACAAUUUAAUUGCUUUGAAGAGCCUCGAACCUUUACCUACGAUGAGAUCUGCAACACCAUCUCUUGUCACUGACGAUGAAAGUGAUAGCGAUAGUGGAUCAGAAAGGUCAUCAACAUUAUCGCCACCAACUCCCACACCAAAUGGGCUUAAUAAUCAAGGAAGAUCAAUUACUUAUCAAUUGGUUGAUCAUUUGGCCAGUAAGAGAGUUGUAGACCUAACGCGUCUCAAACCUGGUCAGACGUGGCAGAAAUCUGAAUCUAAGCCUGAAUAUCAGCUCAGUAAAUCGCAUCACGAAUCAAAAAGACUGAUCAAAAAGGCAGAAACAUUCCUUAGGGACACUCAAUCCUAUAGAUAUCAUUAA